AAUCAUUAGUUCUAUUUUUGUAAGAAUAAACGUUAUGUUUCUUAUUAUUAACAGGAAAAUUAGGAGAUUAUUAAUUUAAUAAUAUACUAGCGGCACUUCAUCAUGUUCUCCCGCACGGCAAUGUUAUGGCAAAGGUGUGGUAAAGGCCGAAUUCAACCUGAAGUCGCUGCCAAAAUUGAACAAGCCUACAAGACAAUAUCAAAUAGCAACUCAAAAUCGUUAGUCAAAAAACAUUUAACAAAAGAAACAUAUGAAAAGUUAAAGGAUAUAACGACCCCAAUGGGUUCCACUUUACUAGACUGCAUUCAGUCAGGAGCUGCUAAUCUGGAUUCUGGAGUAGGAUUAUAUGCACCGGAUGCAGAUGCAUACACUGUUUUUCAUGAGCUGUUCAAUCCUCUAAUAGCUGAAUAUCAUUCAUUUAAAAACAGCAAGCAUCCGCCAUCAUGUUGGGGCGAUCCGGUCGCAUUUUCUAACAUUGAUCCUUCCAAUAAGUAUAUUAUAAGUACACGAGUACGUACUGGACGUUCUAUCAAGGAUUAUCCUUUUGCUGCCAAGAUGACCGAAGAUGAUUACAAAGAGUUGGAGCAGAAGAUCUCAAUGGCGGUAAACAGUUUCCAGGGCGAACUUCAAGGCACCUAUUAUCCAUUGAAACUUUUGGUACCUACUGAACAACAGAAAUUAGUCGACGAUCAUUACUUGUUCAAAGAAGGUGAUCGUUUCCUUACAGCAGCAAAAAUAUGUCGAUUUUGGCCCACUGGUCGAGGCAUUUUCUAUAAUCCUAGUAAAACCUUUAUUGUAUGGAUAAACGAAGAAGAUCACAUGCGUAUAAUUUCUAUGCAAAAGGGUGGUGAUAUUAUGGCUGUUUACAAGCGCCUAAAAGAAGGCGCUGAAUAUUUAGAAACGUGCAUGGAAUUUGCACAUAAUGAUAAGUACGGGUAUUUGACAUCUUGUCCCACUAACAUAGGAACGGCUAUACGCGCUUCUGUUCACAUUAGUCUACCACAUCUAGCAGCAAACCGAACGAAAUUAGAGGAAAUCGCUGGACGAUAUAAUCUGCAAGUGCGUGGUACCGAAGGAGAACACACUGAAUCAGUGGAUAACGUCUAUGAUAUUUCAAAUAAACGUCGUCUUGGUCUGACUGAAUUUAUGGCCAUUAAAGAAAUGAGCGAUGGUAUAAGGGAAUUGAUUAAACAUGAAGAAUCCGGAGAUGAAUAAAUUUCACAUCCUGCAACUAUACAACUAUUUCAUGUAAACAACAAGUAAGAAAUAAAACAUUGAACUACA